AGCGCGCACUCCGUACUUUCCCAGCGUCACACACUCGGUGGGAAUGUUGACUUAAUGUAAUUUGAAGGUGUAUUAAUAGGAAGUUCCUCUAACCUCGUUGAGCCUGCUAAAUGAAAUGAUUUUGACGCCAUGGGGACAGCGCAGAGUUUCAUAGUGUCGUCGCUCACAGUCUGCUCCGUGUGUUUCCUCUAUGUUCACAUUUACUUAUCACAUAUGGCGCUCAAAAGAAGUGUCCUCGACGACCACAGUCUCCCGAGCUCCGUGUUUCUGUACAUCAAAUACUUGAUCCGGAUCCUGACUCGGAGGAGAGGCCACCUGUACUCAGAAAGCAAACAGAGUGAGGUGGACUACACAGCUCUGAACUGCAGGCUGCAGGUCCCCCUGUUGAGGAGGUUUUGCAGUGCUGCAGGGUACGGUUGGGACUACCCAGACACCGACUACAGAGACACCCCCCUGUGCUUCCCUGAGUUCCUGUGCCGCAGACUGCUCCUCAUGGUGCUGACUGAUGGAAAGUUCAGACUCAGUCCUGCAGGUCUGGUUCGGGUCCGUCAGAGUUUGAAAACCCUGGAGCCGGUUGAUGAACUGAAGAAGGGUGUGUUCAUGCUGCGGGUUCGAGUCCUGGAGUACCGGCAGCUGGAUGCAGGAGUGGAGGUGGACGUCUGCCUGAGCGCCACCUCUCGUACGGGACGUCUGGUGUGGGAGAGCGUCCUGACUCUGCUGUCAGAAAGAAAGGAACACAAAGUGGGCGGAUGUUUACUGAAGAAUGAAAACCAGAGCCAGCAGGACGAGCCUGUCCUGGAGAAUGUGAAGCAGGUAGACUUACCAGUUCCCAAGACUGCUGCUCUGCAGGGUGUCUGGUCCUUCUCUGACUCCUCCCCCUUUCGGCUCCUUUUUCUCUUGGCCUGGCUCCUCGGCAGGAUGCAGACUUCCCCGAGUCUCUGGAUGCUGUCUGUCUGCCUGGCUGAGAUAGAAAAGCACAAAGGGGUAGGAGUCAUCACAGCUCCCGUCAGCAUCACAGCCCAGUUCACGGAGCCUCUGUGGACACCAGGCAGGGUGACGCUCAGGUUUUGGGACAGCACUGAAAGUAUCGGGGGUCCGGGGGGGCCAGGGGAUCCGGGGGGUCCGUCUUCAGCCCGAGGCGUCCGUUUCCAAAUGCAGCACCAUGAGAGGAACACGUGUCACGUGAUGGGACUGAUUUCAAAGUGUUGAUGAACACAGAAGGUUGAACUUUGUUUGUCAAUAAUAAUUACUGUGACGUUCUUCUUCUCCUGUUUCAGUUCUAACAGAGUUUAAAUAUUAACCCUUUCACACUACGUUCAUCACAAAGUGUCAGGAAUGUGUAGAAGUGUGUGGAAGCAAGUGUGUGAAUGUGUAGGUGUGACCUGCGGAGUAAAAAAGCUUUGAGGAGUCAGAAGACUAAGUCACGACCCGCCUCUUAAGGCCUGAACAAAUCACAGGAAACAAACGGGUUUUAACCAAUGGGUGUAAAGUUUAUUACCAACAUACCACAACAAUACAAACAUGGAGCUGUGGUGUGACGCUCAGGAUGGAUGGAGAGAGAGAGAGUGGGAGGUUGACAGCCUGUUCUUAAAUAACCUAACACCUGGGAGACUGCUCAUGUCUACUGGCUGGAGGACCGUCACAACUAGAAAAUAAAUAUACAAGUUCAAGUCCAUUUCCAAUCUUGUUUUACAACAUGCAGUGUCAAUAAAUGCAUCUAAAUGGAA